AUGUGGCGACGUUAUUUACUAUGGUUUGCUCAUGAGUAUGUAGAUUUUCGAUAUGCAGAAAUGCACAGUAUCCUAUCUAUGCUGAAUAUCCCUAUAAAAUUUAUUGAGAAGCCAUGUAUUAAUAAACCAUAUUGGUUGGUUGAGUUUCCUUCUGAAGAUUGUGUUGAGAAAGUUGCAUCAAGAUCUGUUUUGUUGAAAAAUUGUAUCGAACUUUGGUCUCGAGCUAAAACAGAAGAUUGUCUUCAUGAUAAUUUAAAAAGAGCUAUAGAAAAUGUAAGUGGGAAAUGGAUUGAAAUGAGUGGUGAUGCACACAUCUGCCCCAAAGAACUGUUACUAGCAUGUAAAGAUAAAAAGAAAUCUUUUAAAGUAGAAGUAGAAACAUUCUGUAAACAUUUUACUAUGAAGGAGAAAGUUGAUAAAAUUGAGAAAUUUAGUUAUUUACCUCUGGGAGGUCCUGUGAAAUUAAAAAAUCCUGACAUAACUUUAGCUUACCUUGAAUUCUAUGGAGUAGACCCUAAUAAUGUUCCUGAUCAACCCCACGAUUUAUUUUUUGGGAAAUGGGUUGCAGAUGGUCAGAGAGAGCUCAUUCAAACACAUUCUUUGAAGAAAAGACAGUUUAUAGGCAACACAAGUAUGGAUGCACAACUCGCAAUUAUAAUGGCAAAUCAGGCUCAAGUUACCACUGGAAAUAUUAUGCUUGAUCCUUUUGUAGGAUCUGGAUCACUAUUGGUUGCUGCUGCACAUUUCGGAGCUUAUGUGUGGGGUUCCGACAUCGAUUUUAUGAUACUACACGCACGUUCACGGCCUACUCGCGUCGGGCAAAAGGUUCGCAAAAAAGAAGAGAGUAUUAGAGGCAAUAUGAAACAAUAUAAUACAGAGAUGAGAUAUCUAGAUGUUGUCGUAAGUGAUUUCUCUUUGCCGAUGUGGAGAGGAGACUUGAAGUUUGAUGCGAUAAUCACUGAUCCACCGUACGGUGUGCGAGAGCCUACAGAGAGGAUAGGCAUAGAGAGAGACAACUACACUCUGUCAGAAGAGCACCUCACCAACCACAUUCCGUCUAAGGUGGAGUAUGGACUGUCACACAUGUACAGCGAUUUACUGGAUUUUGCUGUGAAACAUCUUGAAAUGGGAAGAAGGCUUGUGUGCUGGUAUCCUGUUGUUAGG